AUAUCGAUAGUAUCGUUCGAUCUCUAACUGUGACUGUGAUCCCAUUAGCUGAUUGUGGAUCAUAAUUAUGGGAUAACAAAUGUGUAGUUGUGUAGAUAUUGUAAAAUUUAAGUUGUCGAAAAAUAGCUUUGCCAAAUACCAAUCUUAACAGUUCUAACCGAAAUACACUUUACAAAAUGAUGCAAUUAUUCGGAAGGCUACCAAAAAAUAUUUUCCGAUCGAAUCUGCUUGGCGCAUCGGCCCGCACAUGUUUUUACAAUAGGUUCAACUCUACCGAAGUCCAGCCAGUGUCAAUAUCAGAGGAUUUCCGGAAAAAGCAAAUACUUUUCAACAUAAAAUCGGAGAACGUAGAAGGUAGACCGCUAUAUCUUGACGCCCAGGCGACCACGCCACUGGAUCCUCGCGUAUUAGAUAGUAUGUUGCCUUACCUGACGAAUUACUAUGGGAAUCCACACUCACGUACUCAUGCCUACGGUUGGGAAUCUGAGAAAGCAGUCGAAAAGGCAAGAGAACAGGUUGCGCGGUUAAUUAAUGCAGAACCAAAAGAGAUCAUUUUCACAUCGGGUGCUACAGAAUCUAAUAAUAUUGCCGUUAAGGGCGUUGCCAGAUUUUACGCGAGUAAAAGAAAACAUAUAAUUACAACGCAGACAGAACACAAAUGCGUGCUGGACUCUUGCCGCGCUUUGGAAAAUGAAGGAUUCAAAGUUACUUACUUACCGGUUAAAUCAAAUGGUAUCAUUGAUAUGAAGCUAUUGGAAGAAUCUAUAACACCAUAUACGUCGCUAGUUUCAAUAAUGACAGUAAACAAUGAAAUCGGCGUUAAACAGCCGGUGGCUGAUAUUGGUGCACUUUGCCGUUCACGGAAAGUAUUUUUCCACACGGAUGCUGCCCAGGCUGUAGGUAAAAUUCUUAUCGAUGUGAAUGCAAUGAAUAUUGAUUUGAUGUCCAUAUCUGGACAUAAGAUUUAUGGCCCAAAGGGCAUUGGAGCACUUUAUGUGCGUCGAAGGCCACGAGUUCGGCUUGAACCUAUACAAAGCGGUGGAGGGCAAGAGCGUGGCCUACGUAGUGGAACUGUACCCGCACCGCUAGUUGUUGGAUUUGGUUUUGCUUGCGAUAUAGCUUUAAAGGAAAUGGAUUACGAUAAAAAAUGGAUAGAUUUUCUUUCAAAACGAUUAUACGACCACAUCACUAGCGCUUUGCCUCAUGUCAUCCGUAACGGUGAUCCUGAGCAAACUUAUAGCGGUUGUUUAAAUUUGUCUUUUGCCUACGUUGAGGGCGAAUCGUUAUUGAUGGCUUUGAAAGAUGUUGCUCUGUCAAGUGGUUCAGCAUGUACUUCAGCGUCAUUGGAGCCUUCAUAUGUGUUGCGCGCAAUCGGUACCGAUGAAGACUUAGCACACAGUUCGAUAAGAUCUGCGCUUAUCACAUCGAUUAGCAACUGAAAAUGGCGUCCCUUACAGACGUUGAAAUAGAACGAAUUUUAGAGGAUCUGGGUUGCGAAAGUGAGAAUGGAAUGGAUUUUUCAGACGACGACGAUGUUAUUCCUCCAGAAAUAAGUGCACUUCCGUUGUCAGUUGAAGAAGAAUUUAGUGGUAAUGGUAAUGAUAUCUCUGUUAUAACGGGCAUCAGCUCAACAGCAAAGGGCGGUACCAAGAAAUGUAAACCUGAGAAAGUAAAUAUUAGCUACAGAAAUUAGUAGUUAGUUUUUUAAGAAUUUGGGUUCUAUUUUUUGCAGCUGAGUGUGAAAUGGAAGACCAAAGCUCUUAAUUUAAGUUCCGAGCAAAUUUAUUUCCGUGGCAGUACAAACUUGUCGAAUGACAUUUUGGGACUGGAUACACCUUUCCAAGUGUUCCAAUAACUGUUCCCAGAUGAAAUAGUGGACUACAUUAGAGAUCAGUCUAACAUAUACAGCACAGAAAAAAUUUAAAUAAGCCCUUAAACACUACAAAUAUCGAAAUAAGGCAAUUUAUUGGUAUUCUCUACUACAUGUCCAUCGUAGAAAUGCCGAAUGCCGGUAUGUAUUGGUCAGAGAAGUUCGGCUACGCUCCUGUAAAAGAGAUUUUGUCUCAAAAAAUAUUUGCACAAAAUCGCCAAAUGUUACACCUGAACGAAAACAGCAAUAUGUUAAAUAAGGAUCACCUUGAUUUUGACCGAUUAUUCAAAAUAACGCCACUGUUAGACAUGCUGAACUCAAGUUUUGGAAAAAUUCCGUUAGAGGCGCAGUUAUCAAUUGACAAGCAAAUAUGUUCUACAAAGGCACGUCACCACCUGAAGUAGUACCUUCCCGAUAAACCGCAUAAGUGGGGCUAUAAAUUAUUCGUCAUGUCUGGUGUGAGUGGCUUUGUCACAAAUUUGAGGUAUACAGUGGCCAAGAAAAUAUUGUCGCUGACGAUGAACCCGACCUAGGUGCGUCUGUCAAUGUGGUUGUUCGACUUUCAAGAAGUGUGCCUUCCAAUGAGAACUACCGCAUUUUCUUUAAUACUUACUACACGUCCUUGCCGUUGACUGAAUACUUGGCAAAACGAGGAAUACUGAGCUUGGGAAACAUUAGAAGAAAUCGCAUACCCAAUUGCAAGUUACCGGAGGAAAAGAUUUCCAAGAAAGAGUACCGCGGGACAUCUGUCGAACAGGUGGGUGACAUCAAUGGAACGGACAUCUCCGUUGUUUCAUAGAGGGACAACAAAGUGGCCACAUUAGCAUCCAACUUCGCGGGAAAAGUCGCAGUAUCUUCGGUGCAUAGAUAUGAUAAAUCCAAGAAAAACAGAAAAGCAGGGAACGCUAAAAAGGAAAAGUACCCUACAAAGCCAAAUAGAAGAAAAAAAGAAAAAAGGUCCUUGUCAAUACAUUCCGCCGAAAGAUGUUCGGCAAGAUCAGCUAGGACAUUGGCCUGCUUGGGCAGAAAAAAGAAUAAGGUGCAAGCUACCAAACUGCAAAGGAUACACGCAAACAAUUUGCGAAAAAUGUGGCGUGGGCUUAUGCUAUAACAAAAGUAACAAUUGCUUCAAGCAAUUUCAUAUUCAUUGAAUUUUCUGAAAUAAAGCGCAAUGUUGCAUAUCUGCAACAUACUUAUUUUAUUGAAUAAAAU